AGUGCCUGGCGGAGCGAUCCGCGCCGCGGGGCGGGGCGGCAGAGGCUAUAUAAGGGGCGGGAGGGGAAUGUGUGGCGCAGUUGCAGCUGGGUAAGGCUGAGGGAGCGUUGUUGUGCUGGCUUGGCCUGCGCGCCCCCGCGAUAAAAAUGCAGAUCUUCGUGAAGACCCUGACUGGCAAAACCAUCACCCUGGAAGUUGAGCCCAGUGACACCAUUGAGAACGUGAAGGCCAAGAUCCAGGACAAGGAAGGCAUUCCCCCUGAUCAGCAGAGACUCAUCUUUGCUGGCAAGCAGCUGGAAGAUGGACGCACGCUCUCUGACUACAACAUCCAGAAGGAAUCCACCCUGCAUCUAGUGCUGCGCCUGAGGGGUGGCAUGCAGAUCUUUGUGAAGACCCUGACUGGCAAGACCAUCACCUUGGAGGUUGAGCCCAGUGACACCAUUGAGAACGUAAAGGCCAAGAUCCAGGACAAGGAAGGCAUUCCCCCCGAUCAGCAAAGACUCAUCUUUGCUGGCAAGCAGCUGGAAGAUGGACGCACGCUCUCUGACUACAACAUCCAGAAGGAAUCCACCCUGCAUCUAGUGCUGCGCCUGAGGGGUGGUAACUGAACUGACUUCUUGCUGACUUCCAAGUAAAAGUUUGUCUACACUUGUCUGUUCCAAUAAAGCUGUUGCAUCCACA